ACGCUGAAUUUUUCCACUGAUUGUUGUGAAAGAACGUUGCCGCGUUGAGCAGAUAUUUGGUGUUGCAACGGAAACGUGGAAAGAAGUUAUUUUGUCGAGAAAAUCUUUGUCCAAUUCAACGUGCAUAAAUUGCGCACGCUAUCGUAUGGCAACAGCGCUGUCCGGAAAUUGGAAUAGGCCUAACUUGAUUUGUGCAGAUUUCUGUAUAACCAAUUCUGCUGCAGGACGGACAUUGUUUGGUUUAAGACCAAAUUGAACAUCGGCAAGAGCCUCUUUGGAAUCAGGGAUGUCGGAUGAGGAGAGGUCGGACUCACUUCAAUCGGUUGAGAUACCCAACGACAUGUACCAACAGGCAUUUAUGGCGACAAACGGCAACGGUCCGCAGAUGAUGGGCGGCCUGCCUAGCGACCUGCAUCAACUGGAGGUGAUGACAGGUAUGAGCCAGCAGACGCUCAACGAUCUGUCGGCGCCCCACCUUCGCAUCUUGGAACAACCCAAACAGCGUGGAUUUCGGUUUCGGUAUGACUGCGAAGGGCCGUCGCACGGGGGACUGCCAGGACAGAACAACCAGAAAGGAAAACGAACCUACCCAUCAGUAGAGAUCCUCAACUACACCGGAUUGGCGAGAAUUGUUGUCUCCUUGGUUACCAAUGAUGAAAUACCCAAGCCCCACGCGCACAGCAUUGUGGGUAAACACUGCAAUGAUGGAGUGUGCACUGUGCAACUCGGACCCACCGAUAUGACGGCAAGUUUCCCAAAUUUGGGUAUCCUCCACGUCACCCGCAAGAACGUCGAAAAGGUCCUGAAGGACCGGUUGCGUGAGCAGCAGAAAAUGUACCGCUCGGUGCUCAGCGACAAAGACUGCCGAGCACAGGGGAUGAUGGACACAGAAGACCAGCUGGCCAAGAAGGCAAAGGAAGUGGCCAAAGAGAUGGACCUGUCCGUGGUGCGGCUGUGUUUCCAGGCCUACCUUCCGGAUGCGACCGGUCACUUCAACCAGCCACUGGCGCCGGUCGUGUCGGUGCCCAUAUAUGACAGCAAGGCACCGGGGGCCACCACCCUGAAAAUCUGCCGCAUGGACAAGAGCUCGGGCUGCGUGACGGGCAACGAAGAGGUCUACUUGCUGUGCGACAAGGUCCAGAAGGAGGACGUUUCAGUCCGGUUCUUUGAGAUGAACGGCAACGGGGACGUGGUCUGGGAGGCGCAGGGGGAAUUCGGGCCGACAGAUGUCCACAGACAGUUCGCCAUCGUCUUCAAAACUCCCCGCUACAAGGACUGCUACAUUCAGAAGCCGGUUUACGUCCAGGUCCAACUGCAGCGCCGCUCCGAUAAGGAAGUGAGCGACCCAAAACCAUUCACCUAUCACCCCCAGCUCACGGACAAAGAGAGCAUCCUCAGAAAGAGGAAGAAACCAUUGCCGUCAUUCCAAGACCACUGCUAUGGCGGGGGUGGGGGCAAAGGGGGGUUCGGCGGCACCAGGGGUGGGGGAGGAGGGGGUGGGGGCGGUGGGUACCCCUUUUCCACUGAGACACCCCUCAACAUGAACUUUGGCGGUGGGGGCGGUGGCGGGGGACCGGCCAACAGCUACCAAGCGGCAGCGCCCACGGCCAGCCACAAUGGGAAUAUACAGAGAGAGCAAGAACACAUGAGCAUAAUGAACCAGUUUCGUCAGCAGCAGCAGCAGCAUCAGCAGCAGCAACAACAGCAGCAGCAACAGCAGCAGAACCAGCAAGGGUUAGUCUUCCAAAGCCGGGGUGUCGGCAAGGACAGCCAGCGAGUGGUCGUGUUACCGGCCGCGGCAGCUACCGGUGUCAAGGAAGCGGUGCAGGAUAGUCAACCAGCUGUUGUACCCGCCGUGGACGCUACGGCCAUGGAUGAGAAUGAGGUGGACAGUGAUCUUGAAGUGGAUUCUGCUCCAGUUGAAGAACCGGAUGUGGUGUCUCAGCAUAAGUUGCGGGAUUCCAUGAAACCGUUCGCUGACAUCAUCGUGGAGAGAACUAAAGAUAUGGCAGACAGUUGUGUUCAGACAGACGACCUUCCCUUUGACUACGAUUCGUUGGCCUGGCGUCUGGCCGAGCGUACCUCCCGAGCCCUGCAUGACUUUGCCGUCACGGCCGACAUCAAAAUGAUCCUAGCUGUACAGCGCCAUCUGACCGCCGUCGAAGACGAAAACGGCGACACUCCUCUACAUCUUGCGAUUAUUAACAAGAAGGACGACGUCAUACUGGGUCUUCUGAACGUCAUCAUCAGCAUUCCGGGGCAGAAAAUCAUCAAUUACGUCAACCAACUACAUCAGACCCCCCUGCAUAUUGCCGUCCUCACCAAACAGCGCGACGUGGUGGAGGUGCUGCUGCGUUGCGGCGCCGACCCCAACAUCAUGGACCACAAGGGCAACAUGCCGCUACACCUUGCCGCGCAGGAGGGGCUGAGCGACAUCACGCGGCUGUUGGUGCGAGGACCACCACCUCCCCCGGGACGCGACCGCCUAACCAUCCAGCCAAUCACGGCCCAAAUCAAUGAAAAGAAUCUUGACGGAAUGACAGCGGCCCACAUUUCAGUGAGCUGUGGCAACCACACGAACCUGAAGGUUCUUGUGAAGAACGGAGCAGACGUCAACAUUCCAGAUGGUAAAAGCGGUCGGACGCCUCUCCACUACGCCGUGGAGCAAGAGAACUUCUCCUUCCUGAGCUACCUCAUCGGCGACGCGGACGCUGACAUCCACGCCCAGACCUACGCCGGCGACACCCCCUUGCAUCUGGCCUGCAGCCUGGACUACGUCGCCGUCGCGGCUGUCCUGAUCAGCGCGGGGGCCGACCCGUGCGUUGAGAACUUCGACACCUCGGACGAGUAUCUCGGGGAUGUGGGCGUGGCCUCGAGUGACGGACAUCUGGAGGAGUUUGAGGAGUAUGGCACGGAGAAGCGCGGGGAGGACCCUGACCUCUGCGGAAAGACACCCAUGAAUAUGGCCCAAUCCACAAGGAUGGCGAGUAUCUUGAACGGGGAGCCGUACAUUCCCAGUUUGUCCUACUCAAUCCCAUCCACCACCUCUACCGGAUCGCUGCCCGGGAAGGUCACCGGCGACCCGGCGACGGGUACCAGCGACUCAGGCUACCAGUCGAAGCACGCUUCGGUCUACCGGCCCAGCACGGGCACCGGCUUGCCCAGGGGCGACAUGAACCGCCUGGACUCGAUGGUUCGGCGCAAGCUGGAGUCGCUCUUGGACGAGGUCAAUCCUCAUAAGGAUUGGAUCUCAUUGGCCGACAAGCUUGGGCUUGGCAACAUGAUCAACCAAUUGAGGGUGUUUGACAGCCCGACUAGCAUCCUGCUUGACCAGUAUGAGGCCAUGGAUGGAACCAUUGAAGAAAUGACAGCGGUCCUGAAAAGCCUGAAUCGGGAAGACGUUCUCAAUGUGAUCGAAGAACUGAAAAUUCCUCCCAAAAAAGUAUCGCAUACCCUGAUUGACGAAGUGGACCGCGGCACGCAAGUUGACUCGGGCCUGGCGUCAUCCCUUCAUUCCAUGCAUCUCACGUCCUCAGCGUCCAUGUCCGGCCCCGCCAAGAGUCACUUAAAAGCCAGCCAAUCGUCGGCUUUCAGGAACGUCAACACUGUGGAAGGUGGGGUGUAAAAGAAGGUCAAUGGUCAUGAUGGUUAAUAUCUUCGUAAAAGUCUAAUUGCACUGUGCUUUGCGUGUGUUGUUUCGUCAAGGUCGCACAGCCAUAUGUUGAGAUACAGCCUGUUAAAUGUAAAAAUUAUUGAAAAUCAGAUUUAGGCGUUAGCAGCUUAAAUAAUGAAUAUAUUUCACUGUCACUGAAGGUAAUUUGUACAUUUCCUAAGUUUGGGAAACUUUAGCGGCAAAUUUCUAAAUUUUGUUAAAAAAUUUUUGAGGCCUGAAAUCGAGAACUAAAAAUACCUAUAUAACUCUGUAAGAUUUUUCUAUGAUUCCCAUAUUCUAUACAUCAUUAGAAAGCUUAUUCAGUGUCCGUUCCAAUAAGCCUAAAAUCCCAGUUUUCAAAAAUGUGUCCAAUAGACUGGCUUUUUGUGCUUUGGGGGAUCAUAAAUUGUAUUAUUUCACUAACCAGACAUAAAAAAAAACCCGUGAUUGUACUUUAAAGGCGAUGUCAGUAAUAAACACUGAUGCCUCAUAUAUUUGUGCGUGUUGUGUAUAAUGAAUGCUGUUCUCAGGUCAAAGGUCAUAAGCGUUUACACUUUUACUCUGUAGAUCACAUGUAGUAAAAAGGUGAAUGUAGAAACAUAAAUAUUAGAUUUUUGGUGUGAUUUUGAAACAUUUGCUCUGUCGCCGGCCUUGGAGUGAGGAGAUUUUAGCCCCUGCUGACAUGGGUUCCCUGAUCCGAGGUGCUUAGCCUCAAUGAACCCCAUGCAUAAGAACCCCUCAAACGGUUACAAGCGGAGAAUUAGCAGGAGACUUCUGGGAGAGUUUACAAAAGUAGUUUCAUAUUUACAUGCAUUGGUAUAAUUUCAAGAAUUGUACAAAACCCUUAAUUUUGUUUGAAGCAAUUACAACAGAUUUUUAGACAUCAACAGAGAAUGAAAAUUGGUAACAGAUAGGGAAUUUACUUGCUGUUGCCACAGAGUGUCGUUAAUACACAUGUAUAUUAUAUGUUUCGAUGGAUACAUCUUUCCAAACUACUGCUUAAAGUUAUAAAUGUAAAUUAUUUCAGUUUUUUUUUCUAGAGCUUAGAAUAAACUUAGGUUAGUUAAUGUAGAGCAAGCUGUUGCCCUGUAUAUAUACUUUGAUUUUCGUGUGGAUUGUUACAGAGAAACAAUUGCACCAAAUUCAGCAUUUUUGGAUUUUUGCAGCCUUUGGGAGAAUGCAAAAAAUUGAAAUUGUGAAUUUUAGGGAGGGCAGUGUUGUUGGGAAUUUGCUUGUAAAUAGAAAUCAACCAAUCAGAUUGCAAAGUCAGAGAUACGCUUAGAAAAGAGAAAACAUAGAUUUGUCUCUUGCACAUAUGUUUUUAAAUAAAACCUUAGAAAUGACUUGCAUUUUUGGGGGGAAACGAUAAGUAUUAAUUCGUCAGUUUUCUUAGACAUCAAGCUAAAUUUUAUUAUGAUUUUGUUAGUCAACAAUACUCGUAUAUUUAUAUCUUCUGCAUAAUUGCCUUGUAAAACUACUUUGACAUCCUAAGAAUAACGUAAUUAUCUCUCUUUUUUCCCUUGUUUGGGCAAUGUGUUUGCUGUUUUGUUUUUUGUUUGUCAUUUUGUCAUUUGUUAUUAUUAUCAUUUUUAAACAUUUGUUACAUUUUCAUGGGAGGUGUAAAUGCUGUACAGUUUCCUUAGUCUGCACACUAAAAGUCUCGUCAGAGUACUUGUAAAACUGAAGGUGUUUAUAUAGAACAAUGUUUAGACAAACUGCUUGAUUUCUCAUUGUGUGGUGUUUGAUUGUGACGUCAACAGAUUAUAAUCCGUACUGAAAUUUGAUGUUAUUGGAAUCAUACAUUUGUUUUUUUCUUUGUCAAAUAUAGAUCGAUUUUAACACAUUUGUAAUAUUGGUUUUAGUUUGCUUGUAAAAAAGGCGGUGAUCUUUUUUGUGUUUCUCAAUAAAAUGCAUAGUACUGUGACCUUGUGGUUAAGGGUAGAUUCAUGGUUUGCGCAUAAAUCUGCAGGUUGUGGAUUCGAGUCCAUCCUGGCUUUAUGGUGCAUGUGCCCUUGGGCAAGGCACCUGUGAGGGCAGAGAUGGUAGUUGUGAUUGAAUUAGCUUCCUUGCGCCUAACAGGCUGCAUCGAGUUGCAUACGCCCCAGGGAGCUGAGAUGGUGUUAGGAAUGUCUUAUGGGCCCAAUGAGCAGGGGUAAUAAUGAUGUAGCGCCUUGAGCACCAGUCCUGGUAUUGUCAAAACAAAGUGAUAUUCGGCAACAUACAUGUUCAUGUCGAUAUCUCCUUCGCUCAAGUGGUUAAAUGCCUCCGUUGUUUCCUGAUGUGAAAAUCCUGCCCCCGUCAAUUUUUGUCUUAUUCAACAGGUAAUGAAUUUUGAAAAAAAAAAGUUUUUUGCUGAUUCAAGGAACAACAAUACAAUAAAUAUGAAGCAGGUUAUCUUGGCUUUCACAAAACUAACCUGUCCAAAUUUCAGCUCUGUAGAUAUAAAAAAUAUGUCUUAAAUUUUAUUUGUCUCUAUUGAAAGCGUGAUGGUUUGGUCCUAACCAAUGGAGGACAUUUUGGUUAUCCCUCUUUUUGUAAAAAAUGACAUCAUACGGCACAGUGUUUUCACAGGAUGCUUGUACCCUAUUAUUGACUUACAAUGAAGUGGGAUAUUUCCUGAUAUUUGUGGACGGUUGCAUUUUUUUGGAUGUUUGCAAAUGGUGUUUAUUGCCUUUAAUAUACAACUGGUUCAGUAUUUUGAGAAAUUAGUCGUGCGUAAUACAGUAAAGAUGUCAUUUUUAUUUUAAACUAGCUCUUUUGCCAAUGACAUAAAUAUGUAUCAGGCAUAUACAUGUAGCUGAGUGUAUUGUAUCGGGAACUUGUACAGUGUACAAUGCAGUUGCUUAUUGUAGUUCGUGAUGUGGCAAAUUAAAGUUAUAAUCAUAAAAUAUGAAGAGUGUUCACUAUAAAUAGAGGAUAAUUGGGAAGGAUUAAACUUUUAGUGAUUGAAGUUGA